AUGGAAAAAGUUUAUACUCGUCAACAGUUGAAUUUCUCACAUGAAGUUAAUUUGAAAGAACAUUUCGAAUUAUUUUCUAAUAAAGUUAAUUUUAUAAAUGAUUUUUCUUUAGAAGAAUCCGAGCAAGAUGAAGAAAUUUUUAAUUUAAUGGGAAUUAAAUUGAAACAAGAUACUAAAGAUUUAUUGAAAGAUACAUGCAGUUUCGAACAUUUAGCAGAAUCAACGUUGAAAACUAUACCAAACGACAAAAAGGGCAUGAAAAAACUUCAUGAUUCUUCUUUGAAACAUAUACCAUUAGAAGCCAAGUCAUUAGAAACUAUAAAAAAUUUGGAGGCUAAUGUUAUAACGAAAAACCGAUCGGUUAAGGAAUACACCGACUUUUAUGUUAAUGGUUUGAAAUACCGAUCGCAAGUGGAAAUUGAUGAUACAAAUUUUCGUCAUUUAGAAAAUUUAAAAGAAAAUGAUGAAAUUCUUUUAUUUAUUCGUAUUUAUGCACCAUUUCGCUAUAUUCCUGGUUUUAAGACAUCGUGGAUACCUAGAUUCAGUCAUGAAAUAAUCGUAUCAGGUUCAAAUACAGUACAAGAUUUUUGUAAAAAAAUACUUUGCCCAUCUGAUGAAAAUGUUUCUUAUGAUAUCAGUGAAAAUCCUGACAAUUUACAACCAACGAAGGGCAAAUAUAAAUCCUGUUUAAUUUUCAUCCAUGAUACGUUGUAUCAUAACGCCAAAGAUUCGAAUUAUGUAGAUUAUUCUGAAGUGGUGAUGGAAUUUAGUAAAAAUUUGAAUUACGGUGUUGGACCUUUCAAGAAAGAGUUAAUGGAUAAUGUUUUAUUUAAAGAUCUCAAACUCAAAUUAGGAUAUCCAUAUAUGUAUCAACAUCAAGGGGACUGUGAACAUUUGUUUACAAUUUCUGAUAUAAGAUUGAUACAUUCAAGUGAUUCACUUUGUUCAGAAGAUUAUCCACGCUUUGCUUGUGCUUCAAAUAAAAUUACUCGACGGUGCAUGAUGUGUGGAACCAAAGAGGCUUGUUAUAUCGUACGUAAUUGUGAUAGAAUACCAAGUGAUCCAGCUUAUAUGUGUGAAAUUUGCUUCAAAUCCUAUUUAUAUAUAGACGGUAAAAAAGUUGGAAAUUUCAAAGCAUAUGUAUAUUUUGAAAGUUCUUAUGUAUGUUAGAAUUUAAGAACUAUCAUUUAAAUAUUUAAAUAAGAAUGUGAUAUAUUG